AUGUUCUCUGGUGUUGACCUUCACGACGAGUCUUCGUCCUUUCCUUUUGAUGAUCUUGUUGGUGUUGUGAACGAUGCAGACUUUACUUUGGAUCUGGGCCCACAGGACAUAUUUGAAGAUCCAAACCUUGAUCUCUGCUUAUUCGGCAUUCCUGACGGAGUCCCUCUUGAACCUGUUGUCGAUAACUCUGAUAGCGAUAGCGGUAUUAGUAAUCAUGGUGACAAGCUCCAGCCGUCUGCCAGCGACAUCGAGCGGGGUAGCUUAAAUCUCUCCGACCUGGAUGCCUCGACGAACGCACAUCCUCCAGUAACUGAGCUUGUCAACAUUACUAGCACCGAGACCACGGUUUCUAAAACCCUCUCCCCGCAACCGAAACGCCCGAGGCCAUCCGAGCCCCUCAUUACGGGAUCUCACGACACCGCCGCCCCGUCUGCCUUGGUCUCUCUCACUCCCGCUUUUUCCGAUGGCGCUUCUCUCGUCAAACCUGAACUCUGUGGGUACACCUCUACAAUUCGUCAAAUUCCAUCCCCUAGUCAUAUGCUACCCAAAAUCCCUCGUAUCCUUUCGCGUGGACAAAGUUGCACUAGCAGGAAUGUGGCGCCUCAAACGCGAGUAGGCUGUGUUUACCAGCCUGGCGGCUACGACAACACCGCACUCCGUGAGCAGGAGCGUCACGGUGCUCUGGUUCCCGCCGUGGUCAGUCUUCCGGUAAUCGACGAGUUCACAUUCUCCAACUCCUUCCGAGUCAUCUCACCACCUACGGAAUCGGAGAGCUUUGAAAAGUUGGUCAAAAAGCAGGAGCGCAUGAUCAAGAAUCGUCAGGCCGCUUGCCUCAGUCGGUUGAGAAAGAAGGAGUAUUUAGAGCGUUUAGAAAAUAGACUUACCCAACUACGGCAGGAGAAUGCUCACUUACGUCAGGAGAAUAAUGAGUGGCGACAUCGUUAUGAUCACCUUGAAAGAUGUCUUGGUGACCUGCAGGCAGAAUUCGCCACCCUACGUCGUGCAUCAGAGACGAGCUCGGAAGGGGUAGGAAAGUUGUCAAUCUCCUCCCCUUCCCCUCGACCCGCUGUCUGCUCUCCAUCUUCACCCCCUCAGCAUCACUCUUCGCCUCAGCUUAAACGACCACUUUUGGUCUCCACUACUUCUCCAAUCAGUGUCGUUAGUAAGGUGCCGCUUCUAAGAAAGCAAAACGUUGAGCGGACAAUGCUACAGAAGUCAGGCCAGAGCGGUGGUUUUCUAAGCAAUGACCGCAUAAUCGGAGGAGUUGGGCUCCCUCGUGGUGUGCGCAAAAAGGUUACCACCAGCCUCUUCGUCGUGGUCUGCCUCUUUUUGAUGAACUUCUCCAUCACACCUCUCGGUCAAUUGGGUAGCUCCCUAACUAUGACUCUCAGUGGAUCCAAAAACGUUGGCAUCAUGUCCUCCAGCGACUACGAAGAUAUUCUCAUGAAGGCACCACUUGGUGGUAGGAUCCUUCUGUCCGCCUCUCCGGUAGAGGGUGUCAAGCCGGCCAUCCAAUCUUCGAGAAACCAGACCAGUGUGCCUCAAGCACUUGGUGAGGAUGUCGGUUCGAAGGUUAACACAACGGCGAAUGAUAGUGGCAUUGAGCGCUGUCUGCCCGGCUCUUUCCUCGAUCCGCAAGGGGAGCUAGUAUGGAUAUUAUUCGAUGAAGAUGAUGAGAUCACUGAUUGGCCGCUCUAUGGACGCCGUAAGCGACUGGCGCACUAUCGCCACGGUCAGGAUGUGGCCGAACCACCCUCCAAGUGGCGCGUGACCAAGUCUCACCGAUUUGGUCGUGUCCACCGACGAAGACUGCAUAAAGCCUAUCUGCUCCGAUCCUCACAGGAUAAGAGUGGGGCUGGUUGGCGUGAGGAUGGUCUUCCUGAUUCCCUAUACCUGUUUGGUCAAUCAACAUCCUCUAAUCUGACCAUUUUUUCGGUAAUGAAGCGCCGGAACCUCAUUUGA